AAGUACUGCUGCACAACGAAACGAGUGCCGCUCCGUGUUGUACUGCUUGAUUAUAUCGGUGAGAUUUCGCGAGCUGCAGCGACGAGCCCAGCUGAGCUGCGUAGGUGAGAACCAAAAUGGCCGACAGCACGAGCGCAGCGGCUGUGUGUGAGAGCGCCUUCAGAUGAAGUACUUUGUCAUUGUAUGCAAUGAAUGCAAUGCAACAACGAUGUUGUGUGGCACCCCUCAGAACCGCAGCAGAAGGAAAGAACACUAAGUGAAUAUAAUAUAAAUAAUAAAAUGGGUAAAUGAGAUUUAGACAAACUGAGUGAGUGAGUGCUGACGACGUAGCUGCUUGGUGGUUGGGGAACAGCUAUCAUUACUGUAUAGAAUCAAGUAGCACCAGCUCUGUUGCUCGCAUCAACUAGACGCACAGCCCUCCUGCUCUUGAGUCCCUCGUUCUGAUUACCCUUGGUAAAUAGACCUGGUCGUGCUGAAGAACACCACGGGGGACGAGCUGCUGCGCCUGGACGCGUCGUCUUGCCCCUCCCCCUCGGCCUCGUGAAAACCUACUGUCGCUAUAUAUAAGUCUUACGCAAGAUACUCUUCAUAUAUUUUGUUGUCAGACCGUGAGAGAGUAACGUUUACUAGGUCGUUCGUUCGUAUCUGCUGCGCUACCAGCAGCACGGAGUCGGCGAGCUAAGUUGCUAAUGAGUCAUUGCCAUUGCCGGUCCCGCGCAUGCGCACUCACGGGCCUCGGUCGCCAUGGACACCGCGGGGUGAAACGUGCUCGUAGAUGCAAAUAAACUGCAGUUCGAUUUGCGUCUUGAGAAUCUCCUGUUUCGUCCCGUGUUAGGGUUGUGCGCCGUCCCCCAUAUCAGGCACAGCUGCUCCCAUCUCAUGGGUCUCUGAUAUUUGGGGCGCUAAAGCCGCGGUAACAUUUGGUGGCGAUUGAAGGCCAGCACUGCUUUUCACUGCUGUUCUGGGAUGUGCAGCUUUGCGUUCUUGGAAAAUUAUGUACCUGUUGCGAAUUCCUUGAACUUCGGGAGCCCGCUCCUUUUCAGCCCCACCUCUUUGCAGUUGGCCCAAAUUAAGACCCAGUUGGCCCUGCAGCAGCUGAGCGCACUCACCACUGGUAAUCGCGCCAUACCAGCGUUGUCCUUGCUGAACCUGCUCAAGGUCACGAUGUCCCACCCCUUGUACAACCCGCGGGGGACCCCCUUCUCCAGCCAGAGGCCCAUGGUGUCCAGCCAGUAUGGCAUGAGCACACAGUCAGCCAUGGACAUGGGGGGAGCUCGCUUGGGCCCGAGCAGCAUGAUGCCGCCGAUGAUGUCUCAGCAGUUGGGGUUCCAGGUGAGCCAGCGUCCCUCGUCCAUGUCUCAGGACAUGGAGUCUACGAUAGACAUGCACAUCCGUGGAGCUCGGGAAGAGGUGCGUCUACUCAGCCAGAUGAUGCAUCAGCAGAAGAUGGUGGACCCCCGAGUGAGGAAAGAGCCCAGAGAUGAUGCCCUGACCCAGGGCGGCAGCUUCCCUUCGCACAGGGUCUCCGGCAGAAUGGAGGAGCAGUCUUCGGGGGACUGGUCCAACUUCCAGACCUCGAGCAAGAUCUUCUCUCCCCCAGCGAUGGCUCAGCCUUCACCUUCUACGCAGAUGUUCCAGGCUUCUGGGUUUGGAACACCUUCGGGAGGGGGCAGAGUAACCAUAGAGGGCCAGUCUGCUAUAGGGCCAGCCUGCUACACCUCAGAGAGUGCCAGCAGUAUAUUGGCCAGCUUUGGACUUUCAAAUGAGGAUCUUGAGCUCCUCAGCCAUUACCCAGAUGAGCAGCUUACCCCAGACAACCUCCCGUUCAUUUUGCGAGACAUCCGUGUUCGGAAAGCCAAAAGGAAUUUGACCAACAUGGAUCACGGACCUUCGGCAAGCGGAGCGGAACAUGUUGGCGCUGAAUCGCGACAGAGCAAAGUCAUCGACUAUGGACAUUCGAGCAAGUUUGGCUAUUCCGAGAAGAGUGCAGACAGCUUCCAGCUUGACCAGCUGCCUAAAGAGUCUCAGACGUACGUGGUAGAGUCCUCCAUGAACAGCAGCACUUUUCCCAUGGUGGAUUCCAAACAUCCUCAGCCGCCCACUGUCCCGGGUCCAAAGAACCCCACGAUGGAACAGAGAAAGCAUCCGCCCGACACAAAGACCAUCAAGCCCGCACCUGCUCGGGACCCAGCCGUGAAGCCUGUACAUCUUCCCAGCAGAACUGCGGUACUACCUCUGACACACAGCGACAGUGCCCGAGACUGCAUGAUGAAGCCUGCCUUUAUGGCACCGAAAACGGCUUGGCCCCACUCGUUCCCCUCCAGCAGCGGCGCGAAGAGAUUGCCCACACCCACUAUGAUGAACGAUUACUCGGCCGCAUCGCCAAGGAUCUUUCCUCAUACGUGUUCUCUGUGUAACGUAGAGUGUGUCCAGAUGAAGGACUGGAUUGAACACCAGAACACAAGCCUUCACAUCGAGAGCUGCAGACGGCUUCGGAAGCAGUACCCCGACUGGAAUGUGGAAACUGUUGCUGUGUCGAGAAAUGAGAGGAAGACAUCCUUGGAUCGGCGCAUUGGACUGCAACGAACUCGCUCUGCGUCCCGCUCCCAGUCCUGGUCCAGAUCCCCAAGCCCAUGGCGGUACCGUGGUCGCUCUGGGUCGCGGGGUCGGAGGCACCGCUCUCGCUCCAGAAGCCCUAGGAGGUAUCGGCUCUCUCGAAGUCGUAGUCGCUCCAGAUCCCUCCGCCGGGGGUCCCGGAGCAGCCCCCUGCUCUCUCAUCGAAGGUCUCGCACCCCACGCCGUUCCCGGUCCCGCAGCUACAGUCGUCAUUCCCCGGCCCGCAGCUCCCGCAGGUUGAGCCCACGCCGAUGCAGUCCUCGGCGACAGAUGCGCUCCUCCAGCACUGAGAAGCUCGCAAAGAAGCUCAUUGAGUCUUCAGGCUUGUCUCUGACAGACAGCACCACCCUGGAGGCGAUGAUGCAGUCUUUGGCUCCGGCACUCAUUGCUGAGCUGGCAAAGCGGAAGGGAAGGUCCUCUGCCUCUCCAAAAAGGAGCAGCAUGAAACGCUCCUCCACUCCCCCCUCCUCUAUGUCCAAGAAGAGUGAGCCUUUGCACGCCUUGGCAUCCAAGUCACGGCACUUGGCCGCAGCGAAAUCUUCAGCCUCCAAAUCCAUUUUGUCCACAGCCGCAAAGUCAAGCUCCUUCAACUCCACGAAUGCCAAAGUGAAGAAGAAGACUGCACCGGGUACAGCCUGUUUACUCCGCUUUAAGGGAAUUCCCUUUACCACCACCCACAAGGACCUUGUGGAAGCUGUGCUGCCCUUUGGAAAAAUAAGCCAUGCUAUUCUUCUGAAGGGCAUACGGGAGGCUUCUGUUUGCAUGGAAAGGGUGGAAGAUGCCAAGGCUCUGGCUGAGUGCAAGAACUUGAAGAUUCAAGGGAAGUUCAUCCAGAUAUGUAUGGAGAAAGAUGUAGGGAAGGAUACAACUAAGGAGCCAAGAAAAGAGCUCAAGAAGCUGACUGGCACUAAUAAGAAGGAGAGCAUUGCAGUGAAGUCCAAGGUGAAGAGAUCUGUCAAAAGCACUGAGACGAACACUUUGAAAAAGAUGAAGAAGCCUCCACAGGAAGUAGCAAGGAAAUUUGUAGUUGAGGUCACGGGUCUGCCAGAGAGUGGAUAUAGCGAAGAGGAUCUCAUCAAAUUAGGAACACCCUUUGGAGUUGCCUCGGAGGUCAUCAUUGCGGUUGCCCAGAGAAAGGCCUUCAUGGAGAUGCCAGACAUGGAGUCGAUGGAGAACAUGGUGAAGGUUUACAAGGAGCUGCCGGUGAAGAUGCAGGAGAAGGAGUUGAGCAUUGUGCCAAUGACAAAGCCAGUUGACCUCAGUGCUGUGGAGUCCUUGUUUGCAGUACUGAUGGGAAGUGAGAAACCUUUGGAGACGGCUGGGCUGGCGGACAGGCUGCUCAUCGUCAGCAACGUGCCAGUGGGCACCAGCGCUGCUGCUGAGGUGCAGGGUCUGGUGAAGCGCUUUGGCGCCGUAAAGCAGGCACUGGUGCUCAACCACAGGAUCAUUUUUGAAAUGGAGUCAGCUGCUAUUGCCAAGACAGUUCACGCUCGCUUCUUGAAGUUCCCGUGCAUCAUCCAGAACAACCCCCUCACCUUUUCAAUCGUUGCCAAACCUGCAAAGGAGGAGGUGAAAAAGAAAGAAGCAGUAAAUUUGCUUGUGAAGAAGAGCCCUAAACCGUCCAGCAAACCCAGUGACUUGAAGAAGAGUUCAGCGUUCUACAAAAGUGCUUCAGUGGCCAGCAAAGUUAAGGCAGCUAAACUUCAGGCCACCACUUUUGACAAUGAAAAGUCAAAGGUCGAUCGAGACGCUUCUCCUGCGGGUAAAGCGUCCGACUGCAAAGCAGGCAUCUCCACGGCACCUCGUCUGAGCCCUGUGUGCGCAGUGAGCAGUUCCGGCCUCGGUGCCGCUGAAGCGUCGGCGUUCGCUGAAGACCAGGCCCUGGGCAAAGUGAUGGCAAGUGCUGAAAUGAAAGACAAUAUGAAAAGCACCGUUUCCAUUCCUCUUGAUAGCGAAAUGCCCACUGUUGUUGCACAAGGUGAGAUCAUACUGAAGGCAUCCCUACAAGAACAUGAAAAUCACCAGCAGGUGCUUGUGUCAAAACCUGCCAAUGACACAAGUACAAAUGAAGUAACGGAGAGGUCAGACUGUGAGCAGCAGGAACAAGGAGAGCAGAGUGAGGAAGUUGCACACAAGGACACGCCUGCUUCUGUUAGCAGCAGCUCAGCAGCUUCCGCUGUGGCUGAACUAGCGGAGGCUCAGAGUUGUGCAGCAGUGGAGGAUGAAUCCAACCUGGGCCCUGAGGUCAAAUGGGACGAAAGUACUGUAGGAGAAAGCAGCGUACACAGUACUGACACUCAGGCUGCGGUGACUGAAGGUGGUUCCAGCGAAUACAGUGGUGACAUGGUGGAAGAGCUCCCUAUUCCGUCCAUUACUGAUCCCAUGGAGGUGGAAACCUCCCCACCGGUUGAUGGAGGAGAAUCCAAAGCCUGUGAAGACCUCACUACGUCUGAGCCCAAACAGACUGACAUGUCAUCAACGCCUGAAUGCCAGCUUGGCUCUGCCCCCAGCUGCCAGUCUACUGCCAGCACUUUCAGCGUUGCAGAUGACACAGCCAUCACCGCAUGGCCCACCUCCAGCGAUACCGCAGAAGUAGAGUCCGUCCAGGCAGACAACCAGCACGACAAGCCACUGGACUUCCCUCCUGUGACACAGGAGAUACUACAGGCACUGGAGGUGGCAGUACAGGAGUGCCGCAUGCGAGCCUCCAUGAAGGGCAAGAGCAGUGGCAGGGUGAUGCCCUCGACUGACAGCAGGGCUCCGCCGAACGAGAGGGCCCGCUGCAGAGAGCCAUCCCCAGAGAGGCACCAGCACUCCAGGUCUAAAAGCUGCCCCUGGUCAGACGAAGAGGAGCCUCCUGUAGCACGACGUAGUGGGUCAUCGGGGUCGUCGGCAGAGUCAUGCAAAAGCAAGUGUGACAAGGGCUUGCAGGUGGAAUCGAUCAAGAACAAGAGUUACAGCUUUGCCAGAAACUCAAGAGAAUUUAGGAGCAGUUCCAAUGGCAAAGAUGAGAAAAUGGAGCCUAUAGUCCCUCAGGUGGAGGAGCCAGCCUUGGAGGAUAUGAACGAGGAUGCCUUCCCAUUUAAUCUGGAUGAAUUUGUGACUGUAGAUGAAGUGGGCAAUGAGGCCGGCGAUGAGGUGGAUGCAGUAUCCCCUGGUGAGCCAGAAGGACUUUGGAGCCUAUCCAUGCCUGCCCUGCAAGAGUCUGCCAAGCUCGGGAGAACCCUGGAACCAGAGAAGGAGCAAAGGCAGCAGCAGAAACCUGUUGUUAGUCCGUCUCCGAAAGGCCGAGUACAAAAGAAACCUGUUCCAACUGCAAAGCCACUGAAAAAGUCCACUUCAGGACUUCAUAGGUCCAAAGCCAAGCAGAUUAAAGUGGUGUCCAGACCAAGAGCCGGUGAACUUGGAACAGUAACUGUGGGACUUGCAGCAGCAGCAGCUGCCCAGCAGACUCCCAUGGAAACUUUGGAGGUUGACAAGGGUCCUAAAGACUCGGUCCACAAAGCAAGUGGGAUACAGAGUGCUGAUGCUGAAGUCAAGGCCUAUGACACCCAUCAGGGGGCAGUACCUGAAAAUGCUGCCCAUACGAUGGAUAGCACAGUAGAUACAGAGGUAACAACUGAAAAGACUCCCUCAGUGGUAAAUGAACUGCAGAAGAUGAGAGAACCAGAAAGACUAUCAGCAGGUUGUCUUUCGAGUGGGCCAUCUCCUCCUGCAGGGGCAGCCCCCCCUCAUCUGACAGUUGUACCUGGCACAGCUGAGCAGGUUUUACCUGAAAUGGGAGGUAAGGUGGCUAACGUGACCAAGAAGUGUCAAGUAGACAAGGAGAGUGAAACAGCCCAGGAACCCCAAACUCCAGCAGAUGCAGCCCUGGUCACACUAGAUGAGGUGAGUGAGGAGGAGGAGGAUUUCCCUGAGGAAGAGGAGGAGCUGUUGGGGCUUGGAGGAACAGGAGAAGAUCCUGAAGUGCUGGUCACAGUGGAUGAGGUUGUUGGAGAUGAAGACCACUUCCUCCACACGGUUCGGGAUCUCCAGGCUUUGGUCACUUUGGAUGAAAUAGUAGAGGAGGAUGAUGUGAAAGAGGAACGUGGCUCUGAGAGCUGUUCUUUUGGCCUGGAUGAAGAGUCUGGGGAGGCAUUCAACCCUGAGGCCUUGGUGACCCUCGAUGAGGCUGAUGGUGAUGAUGACGCGAUGGAGGAAGAUGAAAGCAAGAAGACGAGCGGAGAAGAAGCCGCAGCCCAGCCUCCAAAAAAUACAGAGCUUGAAGAGGGGGUCUCGGAGCCCCCAGGGGAGGAGGAUAACAGCCAUGGCUUUGAGGAGCUGCACAGUAUGAACUUUGUUACUGUGGAUGAGGUGGGAGAAGAGGAGGAGGAGGAGGAGCAGCAGCAGCAGCAGCCUGUUAAAGAACAGCAAGAAUCUUUGCAACAAACCAAGAAAGGUGACGGUGUGUCCCGAAAGAGGGGGAGGCCGCCUGCAGUGAAGAAAUGGGGAAGAAGCAGGAAGGCUGUUGGCGUGAAGAACACGGAGGGAGAGAAUCCGGUCCCAGAGCCUUCUGCGCUGCCCUCCUCCCAGGCCACUGUCACCGUUGAGCCUCCGUGCGUUAAGUCUGAGGUGCCCGAGGUGGGCAGCAGCGGCCCCUCGGCUCAAGAGCCGCAUCAGAAAGCGACACGAGAGAAGCCGGUGGAAGAUGAGCACGCGUCAGAGCUACGAGCUGCACUCAAAGAAGAGUCAAAGCAACGUAGAGAUGUGACAGACAAGGUGGGUCCACCUCCGAAGAAGCUGUGCGCUCAGUCUGUGCUCCCCAAGGACUUCAGCCUGCGCCCGUUCAGCCCGGGACAUCCAGUUGGGCUGGAGUUCGUCAUACCCAAGACGGGCUUCUUCUGCAAGCUCUGUUCCCUUUUCUACGGCAGCGAAGAGGCGGCCAAGAAGGUGCACUGCAGCAGCCUCAAGCACUACCAGAACGUGGAGAAAUACUUGCAGAAGCUGAAGGCCCAGCAGAGCAGCAGCUCCACUCAGAGUUCAGCAGACUGAAUGGAUGUCUCCAGUUCUUUUUUUUUUUUUUUUUUUUUUUUUACACUUUAGUUCAUGGGUCCAACAGCAUUUUGAUGUAAAUUUUCUUCUUUGAAUUAACUUUUAAGUGACAAUAAA